AUGUCUAAAGCUACCGCUAUCGUUUCAAGCGGUUUUACAAGUUCAUCAUUGUCACCACCAACAUAUACUCUAGCUGUAGUUAGUGUUAAUCCAUUAUCAGGCAAAUCAUCAUUAUGUAAACGUCUUAUUGAUUCAAAUAUUGAUAAUUAUCAAUCGUUUUUAUUAAAAACUAAAUCCACUAAUAAUCAACAUAUAGCAACAUGGUUUUAUUGGGGUACAGUAAGACAUCGACGUUCAGAUGAAAAACGUGAAGCAUUAUUUCAUUUAAUUGAACAUUCAACAAUAGCUAUUGAAGAUAAUGAACAAUAUGAUAAUUAUAUAAAACGUAUAACAUCAUUAACAUUACGCCCAGAAGAAAAAUUUCAAAAUGAUUCAGAUUAUCCACAAAUAAAAACAUUUCCAAAAGAUAAAAUAACACUUGAUGCUUUUUUAUGUAUACAUGAUUUAUCAUCUACGAAACAAAUAUCCGAACUUUUAUUUCUUCUUCAUUCAUUAUUUAAAACACGUCGUCCUGUAUUAAUAAUAACAACGAAAAAUGAUUUAAUUAAAAAUCAAUCUGAUUUGGCAUUACAAUUCGAGCAAUCAAUACGUCGUUCAUCAUCAAAUGAUUCACAAUUAUUAUUAAAUAUACCUAUUAUACAUACAUCAGCAAAUGAACACGUGAAUAUUCAAGCUGUACUUGAACUUGCUUUAUAUGCAUGCGAUGAACAAAUAUUAUCAUCAUCAUCAUCAUCAUCCGCAUCAAGAAAAUCUUCACAUUCAAAUAUAUUAAUGUCAAAAUAUAUUCCACCAACAUAUGAAGAUGCAUAUAGAAAUGAGCAAUCAUUAAAACAUGUUAUACAAACUGAAUAUAAAACAUUAUUAACAAGACAUGUUUUAGAUUUUCGAUUAGGUUUAUGGAUAAAAUUUUAUACAAAUUGGCAACAUCAUACAAGUAUACAGACAUUUAUUGAUAUGUUUGGAAAACAACAAGCUGAACGAUUAUAUGAUGAGCAUAUUGAUGAAUUAAAAACAAUAUCAAGACAAAAAUUAAUUGAUGAAAGAUUAAUUCCAAUUGUUGAAUUACUUGUUACAGAUCAAAAAACGAAAUUAUCGAGGUAA